UCUCACAAUCCCCAUGCAGGACCAGUGUGUUAGCAUCUACUAUAUACAAACACUAAAAGGCCACAUUUCUAUUUGUUGUUGGGAAGUUUACUCACUUUUGUCGAGGAAAGUACUUUUCUUCAUCAGCAAAUAUGACAAUCAGAACAGCCCGUCCAAACCGAGGAGAACAUUUUCGGCCACGUCUUCACUGUCUCAAACAGUUGGAUGCCACGGUGGUUGAGAUGCAGGACCCAAAAAGUGGGCUAAAAGGUUCUGAACAGAAACUAAACGUCACCACUAUUCCACAUGUCAUUGCUGGUAAAGACAUCAUUGCAUGGAUUGCUAACAAGAUGAAGACCACCACAGAAGAAGCCCAGGCCUUUGGCACCAUGUUAGUGGCCUACGGAUACAUCUAUGCCCUGCAGAACCACAAGAAACUGAUCAUGUGUAAUGAUAGCAGCCUUUACCGGUUCCAGACUCCAUACUUUUGGCCUACACAGAAGUGGGUUGCCGAUGACACGGACUAUGCCAUUUAUCUGGCGAAGAGAAACAUUCGCAAGAAAGGCAUGCUGGAACCGUAUGAACAGGCACAUUACAACCGCCUGCAUAAAUGGCUUUACCACAAGUGGGACUUCAUCGUGAUGCAGGCCACUGAACAGUACAAGGCAAGUAGAGAGAGAAAGAAGCCAGAUCGUGUCGUGUUUGAUUGCCAGGAGAGAGCUUACUGGGUUGUGAAUAGGCCACCGCGUCGUACACACAGUGCUUUGGAUAAUGGUCCAGAUCGCCUUAUUGAUCCCAACACCGAUGAGAAAAUCUCGUUUGACCAAUACAGACGCAUUAACAUGUUCUACCAACAAGCCAUCAUGAGAUCAAAAGUCAAAUCGAGCGUGUCACUCGGAGCAUUGGUCAAAUACAUCACAACCUACAAAAACCACGAUCCCUUUCUGGCACCCUGCCUGCCCAGCAACCCCUGGCAGACGGACAAUGACUCAUAUUGGAAUCUCAAUAUGAGAAGGGUGGAUCUACCAACUAAAAUGCGAGUUGAGCGUUGGUCCUUCAGCUUGUUUGAGUUACUGACUGAUCUGAGAGGCAGAGACGACUUUAAGAUCUUUCUCAAGAAGGAGUUUAGCGGGGAGAAUUUAGCUUUCUGGGAAGCUGCUGAGGAGCUGAAGUGGGGAACUGCAGCUUCCAUGUCAACAAAAGCUGAGAGCAUCUUUAAGACCUUCCUGGCUCCUGGCGCUCCCCGCUGGAUCAACAUAGAUGGAAGGACUAUGGGUCUAACUGUAAAAGGCCUGGACCAUCCUCAUCGCUAUGUGCUGGAAGCUGCACAGACGCACGUUUUCUUGCUCAUGAAAAAGGACACUUUCUUUCGUUAUCUGAAGUCCCCAGUAUACAAGGACAUCCAAAAGAAGGCACUCAACCCAGAAGUUCAUAACUUCAGUCAAGCCCAGUUAGAGCAAAAUGCUCAGAACCGAAGCCCAGGUAUCCAUCCCAUCAUCCUUUGGAAGCAAGAGGAGGAAGAAAAGGCUAAGGCGGCGGCUGCUGCUGCCCCAGUUGAUGUCAAGGCCAUGAUGAGUAAAAUUGACAGAAAGAAAUAAGGAAAAAAAAAAAGUCUUUCAAAUUAUAUGUAAGUACAUGGUAAGACUGUAACACAGUGUGUAAAGAGAUAUUACUUUAAAAAAAAUAAAGUUAAAAAAAUAAAUAAAGAAAGAAUCAGGUAUGAAUAGUUGUGGGGCAUCACUUUAUUUGACACCGGUGUCAUUACUGUCAUAAGACCGUCAUCAUUAUAACAUGACACUGUCAUGGGCAUUAAUGCAUUUUUAUGACAGAUGUCAUUAAAGCGGAAGUUCAGAAUUUUUAACAUUAGGCUUAAUAUUUGAGUUAGCGGGGGGUUAAU